ACAUAGCGCUAAUUCAUGAGCGGAUGUCCCAGCUUACAGUCUGUGGUCAAGUUAGCUGUUAACAAUCAGAGAUGGAUAUUAGACAAGAGGAGAUAGCUUCGCGCCAACGUGAUUUUUAUAAAUUUUGAUAUAAUUUGUUUGUUUAAAAUCCCGGGUGAACUCGAAGGGAGAGCAAAACUUCACAGUUAUGGCGGAGGAACGUCGGCAGAAGCAAUGUUCGGUCAGCCUGCCCACAGAGUCCAUGAAGGCUAUGGCAGAGUCGGUAGGAGUGGGGCAGUUACAAGAGGAAAGCUGUGUGGCCCUUAGUGAAGAGGUCAGCUACAGAAUCAAAGAAAUUGCACAGGAUGCUCUUAAAUUCAUGCAUCACGGGAAGAGACGUAAACUAACCACCAGUGACAUAGACAAUGCUCUGAAACUUAAAAAUGUAGAGCCCUUGUAUGGGUUUCAGUCGCAGGAGUUUAUCCCUUUCCGCUUUGCAAGUGGUGGGGGAAGAGAGCUUCAUUUCUACGAGGAAAAGGAGGUCGACCUCAGCGACAUUAUAAACACACCUCUUCCAAGGGUUCCUUUAGAUGUUUCUCUCAAAGCACACUGGUUAAGCAUUGAAGGAGUUGAGCCGUCAAUUCCAGAAAACCCACCACCAGCAUCUAAAGAGCAACAGAAGGCUGAAUCGACUGAACCCCUCAAAGUGGUCAAGCCUGGUCAGGAGGAGAAAGGUGCUAUUCAAGGAAAAGGUCAAAGCACACCGGCUCCUGAUAACAAAGGAAAGGAGAAGGGUCUAAUCAGGUUGAAACCACGCAGCACCCAUGAGCUUUCUGUAGAACAGCAACUUUACUAUAAGGAAAUCACGGAAGCAUGUGUUGGCUCCUGUGAAGCUAAACGAGCUGAAGCGUUACAGAGUAUUGCUACAGAUCCCGGGCUGUAUCAGAUGCUUCCAAGAUUCAGCACCUUCAUUUCUGAAGGAGUCCGUGUAAAUGUGGUGCAAAACAACUUGGCUCUGCUGAUUUAUCUCAUGCGGAUGGUCAAAGCUCUAAUGGACAACCCCACUCUGUAUUUGGAAAAAUAUUUGCAUGAGCUGAUCCCAGCGGUGGUCACCUGCAUUGUGAGUAAGCAGCUCUGUUUACGGCCAGAUGUCGACAACCACUGGGCUUUACGGGACUUUGCAGCUCGCCUGAUGGCCCAAAGUUGUAAAACAUUCAGCACAACCACCAAUAAUAUCCAGUCCCGUAUUACCAAAACUCUCACCAAGAGUUUGUUGGAUGACAAAACCCAGUGGACGACCCGAUACGGCUCCAUCGCAGGGCUCGCUGAACUGGGACCUGAUGUAAUAAAGACGCUGAUCCUUCCUCGGCUCGCUGUAGAGGGUGCUCGCAUCAAAGCCGUGAUGGAAGGGCCUGUAGUCUCCAAUAUCGAUAAGAUAGGAGCUGAACAUGUUCAAAGCCUCCUGCUGAAACAUUGUGCUAGUGUUAUUGCCAAGAUACGACCUCAGCCAGACAACGUGGAGCAAUAUCGGACGGACUAUGGCUACCUCGGGCCCAUGCUGUGUUCACAUGUAAUGAAGGCCAGAACUCAAGCAGCACUGCAAGCUCAGCAAGUCAACCGGACUACCUUAACAAUCACACAGCCUCGUUCCACCCUUUCCGUCUCACAGAGUGGGUUAAGUGGAUCAGGAGGGCCUCGCACUCCCAGCAUCAUUAAGGUCCCAAGCUCCCUCACCCUCAUGUCCCCGAGACCCGGUACUCCGUCACAACCAUCGCCACCGGCGACAAAAUAUAUUGUAAUGGGAACCAGUGCAGGAGCUGCCUCAACCCAGCAGGUCAUCACCCUUAGCUCUUCCCACUCAGCCUCACCAGUAACCAGCACCGUUCCCAGUGCGACUUCAACACUGCAGUCCUUGGUAAAACUGGAGCCUGGCAGCGGUCCCGGACUCACGGCUUCACGGCCAUUGCAGAAGUAUAUAGUUGUAUCUCUUCCCUCGUCUGCCUCCUCUUUAGAAGGCAAGAGCUCUGUGCUACCGACCUCAAUUUCCUCAGCCACAGUCGACGGAGGUAUAAAGCUGGAGCGCUCCGAUUCCCCUGCAGCAAGCACACAGUCCCCACACUGAUAGGUGUGUUAGUAAAGAAGAUUUUUCAAAUGUUUGGGUUUUUCUUUACUGAACCGAAAUGGGUUGACUUUGGAGCGGUAUGAAGAGAAUUAUGUGAACUCUUGACUGAUUAGAGCAAACUUGGCCAGACUUUGUAAAUAUCUAAAUGCUCAGUGAAAGCUGAUCAGUCUGUGAAAUCAUCAGCGUUUCAGCUUAUAUUCUAACUGAUUUCAUCUUUUUUUUUACCCUAAAAUAAAUCUGAUUUUGUAUAAAAUCCA